AUGAGCCAACUAGGAGACUAUAACGACCUCGGCGAGGACAUCAUACCGGCGGGUACCCCCUCCGACAACGACAUCCCACACCGCAUCCAACAGCACUCUGAGAUUGCCCGAUUGUCUCAGGAUCUAGAAAAAACCCCGUCAUACCUUGACAUCGAGGGACCAGAGCUUUCUCGCCUGAAGGGAGAAGGCAUCAAUGUGCCGAUGGCGCGUCUCGGUGGGCUCGGUCUGAACUACAAGAUCUGCCAAAUCGAAGAAGAUCUCUCGGCUCCUCGAGAAACAUCCGGAGAAAUCGACAGCGAUGCGGCGGCGCAGGAAUGUAUCAAAUUGAAAAGGUGCCGAGACUCCCUGGGUCAAACAGUGUUCCAGAAGAGGUCCCGUAUUAUCGAGCAUCUAAACGUGGCGAGCCUCUGGGGACCUUGUGCCGGGACCAUAGCCCAGGGUGUGGAGACCUACUACGGCAGGUUUGAUAGAUACCAGACGAAGUCCCUGGGAAUCAGUAAUUGGUUCCGCGAUAAAGCUCUGUUGUACUACGGAGGGCAAUCUUGCCAAUACCAGGCCGCAGAAAUCUCCAGGACGGACACCGAGAUGGCAAAUCUUUUGGCCGAAUCCUACGAACACUGCUGGUGUCACGCCACCGGAUCGUGA